GUUUAUAAUUUGAGAGUGUCACUGAUGUCACUUCCUGUCGGUGACAAAUUAUUGUUAUAAUAUUGACAGCUAGACUAGAUCUAAAACUUUUUUUUUAGAUCUAGAUCUGGAUUCUAUAUCUUUAUUUAUAGUAUCAAGAAAUUAAAAAAAGUUCAAAAUGACGGACUCAAAGUAUUUCACAACCACCAAAAAGGGUGAGAUAUUUGAGUUGAAAGCUGAGCUCAACAGUGAUAAGAAAGAGAAAAAGAAAGAAGCUGUUAAAAAAGUCAUCGCCAGCAUGACAGUCGGUAAAGAUGUCAGUGCAUUGUUUGCAGAUGUUGUCAACUGUAUGCAGACUGAUAAUCUGGAAUUGAAGAAACUUGUGUAUCUAUAUUUGAUGAACUAUGCUAAGACCCAGCCAGACGUGGCCAUCAUAUCUGUCAACACUUUUGUCAGGGAUUGUGAAGAUCCCAACCCUCUAAUCAGGGCUCUGGCAGUCCGAACCAUGGGGUGCAUCCGUGUAGACAAGAUCACUGAGUACUUGUGUGAGCCACUGCGCAAGUGUUUGAAGGACGAGGAUCCUUAUGUCAGAAAAACUGCAGCUGUCUGUGUCGCCAAACUGCAUGACAUUAAUGCACAGCUGGUAGAAGAUCAGGGAUUUCUAGAUGCUCUCAAAGAUUUGCUUUCAGAUUCCAAUCCCAUGGUGGUGGCUAAUGCUGUGGCAGCUAUUUCUGAGAUUUUGGAAACGUCUUCCAAUGCUCAGCCAAGUCUUGAGAUGAAUUCUGGGACAAUCAACAAACUGUUGACUGCUCUGAAUGAAUGCACAGAAUGGGGCCAAGUCUUUAUUUUGGAUUCAAUUUCCAACUACAUUCCUAAAGAUGAAAAAGAAGCUCAAAGUAUCUGUGAGAGAGUGACACCAAGGUUGGCCCAUGCUAAUGCUGCUGUUGUACUGUCAGCUGUUAAAGUGAUCAUGAAGUACAUGGAGGUGCUGGACAUCCACAGUGACUAUGUCACCAUGCUGGUCAAGAAGUUGUCCCCACCGCUGGUCACUCUUCUCUCGGCUGAACCUGAGAUUCAGUAUGUUGCUCUAAGAAACAUCAACCUGAUUGUUCAGAAGAGGUCCGACAUCUUGAAGACUGAGAUGAAAGUGUUCUUUGUGAAAUACAAUGACCCAAUCUACGUGAAGCUUGAGAAACUGGACAUCAUGAUUCGUCUGACCAACCAAGGCAACAUUGCUCAAGUUCUGGCUGAGCUAAAAGAGUAUGCUACUGAAGUUGACGUCGACUUUGUCCGUAAAUCUGUGCGUGCCAUUGGUAGAUGUGCCAUCAAGGUGGAACAGGCAGCAGAGCGGUGUGUCAGCACACUUUUGGAUUUGAUCCAAACCAAAGUGAACUAUGUAGUCCAGGAAGCUAUUGUAGUCAUCAAGGAUAUCUUCAGAAAAUAUCCAAACAAAUAUGAAAGUAUCAUUGCCACAUUGUGUGAAAAUCUGGACACUUUAGACGAGCCAGAAGCCAGAGCCUCAAUGAUAUGGAUCAUUGGUGAAUAUGCAGAAAGAAUUGACAAUGCUGAUGAAUUGCUGGAGAGCUUUUUGGAAGGUUUUCAAGAUGAGAACACACAGGUUCAGCUUCAGCUGCUGACUGCUAUUGUCAAGUUGUUUUUAAAGAGGCCAACAGAUACACAGGAACUUGUCCAACAAGUACUCUCCCUGGCUACACAGGACAGCGACAACCCAGAUCUCCGUGACCGUGGCUACAUUUAUUGGCGUCUGCUGUCCACUGACCCGGCUGCGGCCAAAGAAGUAGUUCUGGCUGACAAGCCUCUUAUAUCGGAGGAGACAGACUUGAUAGAGCCGACACUGCUAGAUGAACUGAUCUGCCACAUUGCAAGCUUGGCUUCAGUUUACCACAAACCGCCGAAUGCGUUUGUUGAAGGGCGUGGUGUCACAAGACGUUCUCUGCCUAGAAAUCAAUCUGAUGCUGCAGUCGGGGAGACUUCAAGUGAACCCCACCCUGCUCCUGUGCAACAGCCAACAGUCAUUCCAGGGGUGGACUCUCUGAUUGGAGACUUACUUGAUAUGGACCUUGGUGGCCCCACACCCUACCAGCAGCAACAGAUGUUGAGCCAGUUACCCAUCUCUGCCCCUACCCCAUCUGGAGCUGUGGACUUGUUAGGGGAAGGUCUUGAUAAUUUGCUUGGAGGCGGCGGAGGAGGUAUGGAUGCUCUUGGGGGUUUGAAUGAUAUAUUUGGUAUAGCAACACAGUCCUCGUUUUAUGUCCCACCACAAGAGGUUUGGUUGACAGCAGUGAAAGGUAAAGGCAUGGAAGUCACAGGAACAUUUGCCAGAAGAAACAAACAGAUCUACAUGGAACUUACCUUUACAAACAAAGCCAUGCAGCCCAUGAUGGGUUUCGCCAUACAGUUUAAUAAAAAUAGUUUUGGUCUCCAGCCGGCCACACCCCUACAGCUGCAGUCUCCCCUCCCUCCCAACCAAAGUGCAAGUACCUCCCUGGCACUCAACACACAAGGACAGAUUCAAAAGAUGGAGCCACUCACAAACUUACAGGUGGCAGUCAAAAACAAUAUUAGCGUGUUCUACUUCAGCUGUCAGAUUCCCUUGCACAUCCUGUUCACAGAGGAAGGUGAAAUGGACAAGAAAGAUUUCUUGUCCUCGUGGAAGGAGAUUCCAUCCCAGAAUGAAGUCCAGUCUACCAUCACCAAUGUGCAACACAAUGCAGAUACCGUGUCCCAGAAAUUGAGGAACAACAACAUUUUCACCAUUGCCAAGCGUAACGUCGAGGGCCAGGAUAUGCUGUAUCAAUCUCUCUCCUUGACCAAUGGCAUCAGAGUGCUUGCUGAGCUGAAGAUACAACCUGGCAUGUCUAAUUUUACUCUGUCCCUCAAGUCUAGAGUACUGGACAUUUACCCCUUCAUCCAACAAGCUUUUGACUCUAUUCUUCACAACUAGAGCCUAGAACUAGAAAGGAGAGCUGUGGUCAUGGUCAUUUCUCUCAGCUGACCAGAUAUAUUACUGGACAGUAUAGAUUUUAAUGUGAAGUGUUAACUAACCCUACACAAGAUUUGUACUAAAUAUGUUGAGAUUACUUUAAACUGAAGAUUUUUUUGUAUUACCUGAAUUUAUUUCAACAUGAAAAACCCAGUUUUUUUUUUUAUUGACUUGAGAAUGAAAUACAAACCCUAAAAUUGUGUUUUUUUAGCAUCUAAGGUUCUUGUUCACUUAAUUUUGUGCACAACACAGUAAGACUUUGUUCUUCAUUGUAUAGUAUUUGUGGUUCUUAGAACAUAUUCCAGUGUAUAGAAAUAAAUGUAUUGAAUUUCA